AAUUGAUAGGUUAGGUGUGACAGUUGACUUUGCUUAUCGUGUCAUAUUAUGCGAUUCAUCCGUUGUUAGUCUAACAAAGUGAUAUCUUAUUAAAGUUGGUUUUAAAUUUGGUUUUACUGUGUCAGUUAUUGUAUGAUCUUAGAAGUCACAUGAAAAUUUUGUUAUAAUCGAAUCAAUCGAAUAAUAAAAGGAUCUUUAAUGUUUGGAUCAUGUGAAGGUCUUACCCUCUUGGGCAAAUACAGUUUAUGCAAACUCUUGACACGUAAAGUGUGCUGUUACCAGUAUAUGUAGUAACUUUUAAGGUUGAAAGGUCUAUUAUGAAAAUUAGCAUUAAUUGAAACUAAUUAGAAGAGUCAUGAAAAGUCGACAUGGCUGAACACGACAGCGAUCUGUACGAACAACAACUUUUUGUUGUAUUUGAGAGCUGUUUGACAAGUGGAGAGAAUGAACUCGAUGAAAAUGGUUUAUUCUCCAUUUGUAACAAGUUACACCUGGAUGAGUUAAUCGAGGAAUUGAAAUCAUGCAUUUGCAAGCAGCAUGCAGAUAAAGAAACAAUAUCUUUUUCAGAAUUUCGCGAUGGUUUGUUACUUCUAUUGAAAGAAUCCCAAGGACUAAUAAGCGACAAAGAGCACAUUAUGCAAUCAUACUACAAUUUAAAUACAACGGGCAACGUUGAUAUUGAGAAAAGUAAAGACUCACCAUUGGUCGAUAGCAUUUCGACGGUUCAUUCACGAGAUAUAAAACCUGCUGUUACAACGCAUACGGAGGAGAAUAAAUUGAUACGUCUGUGGGAGAAUAUAAAAGGAAACGCGGAUCCUACAACGAUGCGAUUGAUAUCGAGUUGUUUAGGAAUCCCAGAGCUUCCAAAGGAAAUAACGGAAUCCAUCUUUGAGAGACUCGAUCGGAAUUGCGAUGGACUGAUAAGCUUCGACGAGUUCGUAAUUAUAUUUCAAAAAGGAAGCAUAGAGGCUCUGCGAAGAAGAAAUAAUGAAUGUUACAACGCUGUAAAUUGCAACGUAAAUACGUUGGACUUGAGUGCGUCUGGUAAAAUUAGCUCGCUAGAAAUAAACGAAAGCUUAGAUAAGGAAGACGUUGCCGGCGUUUCCAAUGUAAUUAUAUUGUCGUCUAGCGGAGAUCUGAACGCGUUGGAUGCUAGUCUUGCGGAAUUAACGAAUAUCAUAUGCGACGAGAUGAAAAAUUUGAAUGAAUCGUUAGAUAGCGAUACUAUCCAGUCUCACAUCAGCCUACUACGGGAAAUAGUUGUUAUUCAUCAGGAAGAGCAACGCAAUCUGAAUACCGUGAUAGAGAACAUGAGAGCGGAAAAGGAAAAAAUGCGUGUCGAUAUGUUGGAAGCUAACGAGCGGGCGAAUGCAUUGGCACAAGAAAUCGACGAGUAUCAAGUUCAAUUGGAAAAGACAAAAGAGAACCUGCAAAGGCAGAGUGAGCAGCGUUACGUCGAAAUUACGAAGGAGCUCUCGAAUCAGCUGAAUAUCGAACGAGAGAUGGAGGCCGCAGCUCUGAAAUCGAAGGACGAUCAGUUACAGGCGCUGCAAAAGGAGACUCACGAGAUGAAGAAUAAAGUUGUAAAUAUGUUGCAGGAGAGUCAAAUGCUGGAAGCGGAAAAUAAGAAUCUGCUUAGUCAAAUAGAAAAGUUGCGACAAUCGAAUAACAAUCUGUUGGCACAUAUAAAAGUGUUGGAUGCGGAGCACGACGAGAUACAAAACAUAGAAACGAAACAACAGGAGCAAGUUAAUUUCUUCGUCGAACGCAUCAAACAAUUGCAGUCGGAAGUAACUCUCUUGCGAGAUCAGAACGAUGAGCUUGGAGCGGAACUGGAAAAUUUUAAGCGUUAUGGUGGUAAAGAUACGAGACACGAAGCGUUGCCAUCUCUGGCAUACGAUUUACAGUUAAAUGAGAAACGUGCAGCGAUGGAAGAAGAUAGAUCCGAGAUAGAUCGACAAGCUCACGCGACAUCGACAGUACGGUUUGAUCUCGGAUCGUCGAUGAAUGAACGACAGAUGGAUAUGUCGACGACGGAAUAUGAAAAGCUGAGACACACAAUUACGAAGGAUCUGGAAAAUGUAUUAACGAGUACAAAAUGCGCUCCAGAGAAAUGUGCCUUGAGAGAUGGUUUAUCGAGACUGAUUACUGGUUUGCAGUCAAACUUUAUAUCACGUUAUCCUGCUCAAGAUUUCGGGAAAAAUAUAGCUUCUGAACUUGACAUGGAGUGCGAAGAACGAAGUAACGAAUCUUUACGAGAUUUAGUCGUUUCAAAACUACCGAAAUUAGCUGCUUGUACGAAACGUGCAAUUGCGUCAAACAGCAUGGAAGAUAUUAAUGAGCUCUCUGGUCAAGAUGCGAAAGCACCAACGCAAAGCAAAAUGACGAGCCUUAGAGAUUAUCCACCGCGGAAAGAAGAACAUUCGAUGGAACAGUGCAAAGCCAAUAAAGAGAAGGAUAAUUUCUUGAAUAUUAUUGAAAAUGUCGAGCACAUUUCGAAGAUCGUACCGACAAACGCAGAAUUGUUGGAGAUGGAGAAGAAACAGUUGAUCGAACGUUGCCAAGAACUCGAACGAAGUUUAGAUUUAUUAAAAGUCGAAUAUGAAGAAUGCGAGGAUUAUUGGGCUGCUAAACUGGAAGAGGAGAGACAACUCUUUGAACAAGAACAAAAAAUAAGUGACGACAAACUGGCCGAACUGAUUAAUAAAAUAGCAGAAUAUGAAGAAUUAAUUAGUCCUUUGGACAAACUGAAAAACAAUGGACGAUUAUCUCCGAUAGAGGAAAAAUUUAAUUUGGAACGACAGUACGUAGAUCUUGAAGAAGAAUUCGAAAAAUGGAAAAUAAGAGCUGAAAACGAUAUUUCUCAGAAGAAUCUAGAAAUUGGAGAUUUACGUGAAAAAUUAAGAUUGGUGGAACAUCCGAUCACGAGUGAUUUCUGUAUACAAGUUUCAGAUGAGACUUUUUCAACGUCAACGUGGUCAGAUUUAUCCCAUUGCAAAUCUCCCAGUACAUCUAGUAUCCCAUCAACGAAUGAGUUGUUCACUAAUGUAUGUUCGCAUAAUGCAAACGUAAAUCAAACGUGUCAUACCUCGGAAUUUCCAUUAGCCAAUGAUUCAAAUGGGCUGUUGAAGCAAGAUUAUAUCGACGGUUGCGAUCCGUAUGACGUACAUUCCGAAUGUUCCGUGAAAAGAAUCAAAAGUAUAAACAAAAAGAGAAAGAAGCAAAUACAUAAAAAGAAUCCACGCAUUAACGCUAAGACUAUGUUAACGAUGACGGAGGAAGAUAAACAUGAUUCGGAAUUUCAAUUAAUAUACGAUGUAAUGAAAGAGAGCAACUAUUCAUGCGCGCCCAACAGUAAUGCACAACAACAUAGAGAUUUAAAUAUCGUACAAGAUUUAAAAAUAAGACUUUACGCACAGGAACACAAGAAACGGCAAUUACAACGUUAUAUUAAGCAGCAGCGACAAUAUAUUGAGAAACUGCUACAACGUGUCAUGGUGCAACAUCAGACCGAAGUAUGUGAAUUACAGUGCCUUCUCCGUAAUACUCAGGAGAAACUCCAAAUGCAAGUCCAAAUGACCGUCGAUCAGGCUGAUAAAUUGGCCAGUGCAGAUGUAUUAGUGAAGGAUCUGUAUAUGGAAAAUGCAUAUUUGACGGCACAUAUGAAUCACUUGGAAGAACGCUAUCUCAUCUUUACCGGCCUCAAUGUGGAAGCAACUUCGAUGCGAUGUUCAAAUAAUCAUUCUACUUAGGAUAAGUUAAGACGUUAUUGCAUUUACUAAUUAAUUAUUUAUUUUGUUAUUUAAUUUACACACACACAGAUACGUAUAGCACAUAUAUGUAUAGCAAUAUGCAAGAGUGAUAUCAAGAUCGCGGUGCAACUCAGGGAUAUGAAUGAUUAAAAUCAUCGUAGGACAAGUGCCUUUAGUCUUUAAUUUGAAAAAAAUGCAGGAGAUGUCAAUGCUUUAACCUUUUUAAUAUGACGAAUACUGGUUGCAUAAUAUCAUCCGAUGACCGAGAAUAUUUAUUGUUACGCAGAAAACAUGAGGCGGUAUUCUUUUUUAUAUGAAGGUUAUUUACAAGAACUGACUGUAAAUGUAAUAUGUCUUCUUUGAUAAACUUAUCGAGUAUUCUAAAUGAGAAAAACUAUAUAAUGUGUCUACUAAGUCGCGUACUACAAUACGGCAGUAAGCUGCAGAGAAAAGGCUGUUUAUAAUCGAAAUUAUUAUGUUUGCGGCUACGCAGCAUGGUUCCAAGCUCGUGCGUGGGACACCACCUGUAUAUAUCAACGUGUUUCGUUCCGUGCCAUGUUCCGAUAGUUGUUCAAAUAUUUGUGUUAAACGAUAAUAAAAUCUUAUUUUAGAU